GAGAGAAGCUGUCUCUGAACAGCCAGAGAAAACAGACGGAAACGACUAAUUAAAAGCCUUAUGAGAUCCAUUCGAACAUGAACUGGGGAUUUCUGGAGAAUGUGUUAAACGGAGUCAACAAGUAUUCGACAGUCGUGGGACGGGUUUGGCUCUCCAUCCUCUUUGUUUUCCGGAUCCUUGUGUUUGUUGCCGCUGCCGAGCAGGUGUGGAAGGAUGAGUUCAAUGACUUUGUGUGCAACACGCAGCAGCCAGGCUGCGAGCAGGUCUGCUUUGACCACUUCUUCCCUAUCUCUCAAGUGCGAUUAUGGGCCAUGCAGCUCAUCAUGGUGUCCACGCCUUCACUGCUCGUGGCGCUGCAUGUGGCGUACAGAGAGCACAGAGAGAAGAAACACAAGAGGAAGCUGUACCAGAACAAAGGCAGCAUAGACGGAGGGUUGCUGUUCACCUACAUUAUGAGUCUGGUUCUGAAAACUACCUUCGAGGUGGCCACUCUCCUCGCUUUCUAUUAUCUGUACAGUGGCUUCAACGUCCCUCGGUUACUGCAGUGUGACGAGAGCCCCUGUCCCAACACCGUGGACUGCUACAUCUCCAAAGCCACAGAGAAAAAGAUAUUUCUUUAUAUUAUGGGAUGCACAUCUAUUCUGUGCAUUGCACUGAACGUGGUGGAGAUGGUGUACAUUAUAUAUAAACAAUGUUGGAAAUGCUUCAGUAAGAGGUAUGUUCCUGUGAAUGAAAACUGCCACGGUCGACCUCCCUCUACGGUCAUUCUCACUUCACCCAUACUACAGCCGUUGUCCUCGUCGAAGGAGGGUGGGCUUCAUUCUGCUCCAGCUGCAAAGGAAAGUCCUAUACUUACCUCUGCAUGAAAUGCAGGCAGUUGGAUUUUUUCAACCCAGUC